AUGGCUUCUCACAUGAGGGCGAUGUGUUCACGAAAUCAGCCAUCAAUCAAUAAAAAGCAGGAGCUGUUCUGUAUGUCUAUCAUUUCACUCUUCUCAUGCCCAUUAGGGGUACUACCAGUAGCGAGUUCCAUGAAUGGCAGCCAGAUUGAUACGGAGUCACAAAAAUAUUCAUUGAGCGUGAUUGCAGCUAUAAUUUUAUCAGUAGUUGGUGAUGUCUUCAAGAACUUCAAACAUUUACAAAGGCUGCGCUCUUCGUAUAUGUGCGAUGCGGUAAAUCAUUUCUAUACAUGA